AUGUGGGGCGGCAGCGGGGCGGCCCGGGCUCUCACCCGCGCCCUCGGGCGCCGGCGGCCGGCGGCCGCGCUGCCGGGGGCUGCGGGCGAUGACCAUGCUGAUCUGUCUUGUCAGACAGGCCUGAGAGGUACCCGUCAGAACUACAACUGGAAAAUACAGCUGAAAUCCAAUAGUACUCUGCCUGUCUCUCAUACUGAAAUAAAAAGCAGCGUGCUCACUGUGAAGAGACUUUUCAGCACUUCGCACCCAUCAGUGGAUCCAAAGGAAAUGAAAAAAUUCCAGCUCCUUGCACAUAAGUGGUGGGAUGAAGAAGGAGAAUAUUCAGCCCUUCAUUCUAUGAAUGAUAUUAGAGUGCCAUUUAUUAGAGAUACUCUGUUGAACAUGAGUAAUAAUUAUCAUCUGGGAAAUCCACUUUCUGGCAUAAAGAUUCUUGACAUUGGCUGUGGCGGUGGACUACUAAGUGAGCCUUUAGGUAGACUGGGAGCUUCAGUUACUGGAAUUGAUCCUCUGGAGGACAACAUUAGAACAGCAGAUCAGCACAAGUCAUUUGAUCCGGUCCUGGCCAAGAGAAUACAGUACAAGUCCAGUUCACUGGAGGAGAUUGUGGAAGAGUCUAUGGAAACCUUUGAUGUAAUUGUAGCUUCUGAAGUAGUGGAGCAUGUGGCUGACCUUGGGACGUUUAUCAAGUGUUGCUCUCGGGUGUUAAAGCCUGAAGGUUCUUUAUUCAUUACUACAAUCAAUAAAACACAGUUGUCCUAUGUCCUGGGAAUUGUGGUUGCAGAAAAAAUAAUGGGCAUAGUACCAGAAGGAACACAUGAGUGGGACAAGUUUGUUCCCCCCGAAGAGCUGGAGCACCUCCUGGAAUCAAAUGGCUUUUCAGUCAAGACUGUGAAUGGGAUGUUGUAUAAUCCCCUCUCGGGGUCGUGGAGCUGGAUGGAAAGCACGAGUGUUAACUAUGCAGUGCAUGCUGUGAAGUCUGGGGCUCAGGGACAGUCAAGCCCGACAGACGCCCUGUCAGAGAUGGAAAGCGAACAGCCCUCAGCCACAGCUGGCACUGCCAUGUGACUGUCUGAGAUGUGUGGUGAUGGACUGUCACCAGGAACAGAAAAGAAGGUUUUACCCAGAUGGACAUAAUAAAACCUUUUGUAACAACAAGUUUGCUGUUUGCAUUAAUAAUGCUUAUGCUAUUUUUGGCCAAGUAUUUUAGGGCAGUCUCAGAAAAAAACAAGUGCCCAUUAUCUCAGGAAUCUUUUAAGAUUGAAAUGAGCAAAGCUUUUAACGAGUAGGUAUUUUUUACAAGAAAGUAGUUUCAAAUUGUUGGACAGGGAAAUGCAAAUUAUUCUGUCAGUAGCUUGGAGGAAGCUCUUAUGUGAUGGCAUUUUCAGUCCUACCAGGAAAAUUCAGAUCUCCAUAGAAUAAUAGCUUAAAUGUAGAAUGAGUUAAAAAGCACAAUGAUGUAUGAUAAAUAAAAUGCCUUAGGUAUUUAAGUUACUUGGUUAAAACACAUGAAACUCUAUAU